AGAGGAUACGCUAUGACACUGAGAGUAUUUCUUACGUGUAUUGAAUCAAGUGUGAAAGUAGGGAAAGAAUAGUGUUCCAGUGGUUUAACGUAUUUAGGUUUGGUUGAAUUGUACUUGGGUUCACAAAGAAAGGUAUAAUUUUAGACCAUGGCAAGUCCAAGGACACGUCGGACUUUACAAGAGUUAAGGCCAAAAAAUGGAAAUAAUAACUGUUUUGAGUGUGGAACUCAUAACCCCCAGUGGGUUAGUGUAAGUUACGGAAUAUGGAUUUGUUUGGAGUGCUCAGGCAAACAUCGAGGAUUAGGUGUUCAUCUGAGUUUUGUAAGGUCAGUAACUAUGGACAAGUGGAAAGACAUUGAACUAGAAAAAAUGAAGGUAGGGGGAAACAAGAAAGCCCAAGAAUUUUUAGAAAAACAACCUGAUUGGGACUCUAGUAUGCCAAUUAGAGAGAAAUAUAGCACAAAAGCUGCAGCAUUAUAUAGGGAUAAGAUAGCUACUGAAGCUCAAGGAAAAUCAUGGUCCAUUGAGACAUCAUCAGCAAGGAACUAUAACCCCCUCACCAUUUCAAAAAGCUCUUCAGGUGGAAGUUUACAUUCCCAGGGCUCAAGUUCAAACCUUCAAUUGCAGGGAUCUAGAAAUAACUUAAAUAGUCAAUUUUAUGACUGGGAUGGAGAAUACUUAGGCUACCAAAGAUCGAGCUAUACUGACUCAUACAUUUCUAACCAAAGAGAUUCUUUCUUUGCAAGAAAUCAGGAAGAAAAUUCAUCUAGACCUGACAACCUUCCACCCAGUCAGGGAGGGAAAUAUACUGGUUUUGGUAAUACCCCAGUUCAGCCAUCACGCAGUCAGUCACAAGAGUUUUUCGAUGGAGCUUGGUCAUCUUUGUCAUUGGGAUGGUCAAAUUUUUCUAUAGGAGCAACAAAAUUAGCUUUCAAAGCUUCAGAAGGGGCUGUGAAGUUUGGUAGUAUUGCUUCUCAGAAAGUAGUAGAACUUGCAGAGACAGUUAAUGAAAAGGUAAAAGAUGGUUCAAUAGUAAGUGAAUUCCAGAAUCAGGUAUCCUCAGUUGGGACAAAGGUAGCAGAUGUGAGCAAAAAAGGUUGGCAGGAUAUUUCAACACUCUUCAACCAGAAAGGUACAACAUUGGAUACAGUAUCAAGAGCACCAGGUGAAAAAUCUUCAUUACUUGGAACUUCAUCACAAUCAUUUCCCAACAAAGAAAGAAACAGAGAUCCAGAUAAAAGUAACACACCAUUACUCCAAGAUCAACUUCAUAGUCCAGAGAGAGAUCCAGUAGAUGACUGGGAAUGGGGCAGUGGCCAAGAGAGUAGUCAAAAUAGCUCUCCUAGUAAGACAAGCAAAUCUUCAGUUGAUGUAAGUAGUGAUGAUUGGGGAAAUGAUGACUGGGGAACCAAGAACUUGAACUCACCUUCCAAAAGUUCUAAAAAGUGUGCCAGCAAAGACAAGAAGUCCAGCUCUUUCUCCCAACCAAAAUCUAAGAUGAGAGAUGGGAGAUCACCACUGCUUUCUCAUGGUAGAAAAGAAAAAGGAGAGCAACUAUUAAUAAAUUUUGACGACGAGGCUGUAGGAAGUGAUCCUAAAAGCACAGGAAGUAAGAAUGCCUGGGAUGAUGCGUGGGAUGAUGAUGAUUGGGAAAGUCUUGAUGGCAAGAAGGGCUACCGUAAAGUAGUAAGCAAAAAAGAAUAGGGGAUGUAUAUAUGUAUGUAUGUUUUAUCAGGAAGAGCUUUUUUAGGUAAUUAUUAUAAACGUCUUGUUUUUUCUGAGCAGAUAAUGGUACAGCUAGCAGGUAAUAAUCCUGGUAAUUGUGUCUUUGUAUUAGUUUCACAAUCAUUGAAAAGAUGUUUCUUUUUGUUAGUGAACAUGUUCGUUUGUGAUGUGGUAGCAACAAAUUCAAGCUAACACUAACUCAUUAUUACAUAUAUCCAUUGCAAUUGUUCUCAAAAUUAAUGUUAUUCUUGAACUGUGAAUUUAGGAGAAUUUUGUUUUCUCCUGUAUCCAUGUUGAUAUGAUACCUAAAAGAAAUUAGUGGUUUCAGGUGAUGAUUGUGGUAUAGUUACUCUUGCAUCUUCCCACAAGUCCCUUUCAUCAGUUUUUUUUUUUUUGCAGCUUAAGAGGUUAGACAAAGAAAAAAUCUUAAGUGAUUUCAUUAUGAUGAUAUAACACAUUUUUAUACUUGUAUUAUUUCUUAGUGUAUACUAAUGGAAGAAAGAGGUAUAGCACUGAUUGACUAAUGUCUUGAUUAACCUUGUUCAAAAGUUAAUUAAGGGUUUGUUUCCAUCAUUAUAAACAAUGGCUAACAAUCUUUUAUUCUGAAAAUUUGAACUGUGUAUUGCCCAAAAUUGUUUCAAGUUACGUGUGUCACAUCAGUUUCUUUUACAUAGUGGAAGUCAUUAAUUACAUAGGAACAAAAGUGGCUAAGAAAAAUGCUGUAAUGUUCUGUCUGAGGGUGACAUAGGUUUUACUUUUUCCUUAAAAUGCACUCAGUUGAAUCUUUUAUUCUGAAAAUUUGAACUGUGUAUUGCCCAAAAUUGUUUCAAGUUACGUGUGUCACAUCAGUUUCUUUUACAUAGUGGAAGUCAUUAAUUACAUAGGAACAAAAGUGGCUAAGAAAAAUGCUGUAAUGUUCUGUCUGAGGGUGACAGAGGUUUUACUUUUUCCUUAAAAUGCACUCAGUUGAAUCGGUUAUUGGUUAGAGUCAUGAAAUCCUUUUAUCACUGUGUGGUAUAUUUAUUGCUAGUUAAUGUUUUGCAUCUAACUAAGAAAUACAUAUAUUUAUUAUCUCUAUAACUUGAAUAGUGUAGGUAGAAAAAAAUGCAUUGAUUUAAUUUAUCCUUCUCUUAACUGCAAUAGUUUUCAAGUGAUUAUAAAAUGCUGUCAAUAUGAACUGUUUAACACAUGUUGCAUCUGUUAUGUGUGUGUCAUUGUUAAGGAUGCUAUUUAAUAAUUGAAUACCAUUUAUAAAUAUAGCUUGUUAAUCACAUACCAAUUUUAAAUGAGCUGAGAUUUCUUUGGAUUAAAUAUGGAUGCCUGUUGUUAUUUAUCAGUAAGACAACACUGUGUUUCUUAGUCCUGUAGGAUCAGUGAUGUAUGUAAUUAUUUUUAUUCUUGAAUUUAUUAUUUUGGAAGAUAAUACUGAAACCAUUCAGGAAAUUGGUUAUCAGUCUUGUUAUCCAUAUGAUGAAUGUUAUUUUCACCUGCUUACUUGAGUAUACAAAAUAUUACUAAAUAUUGUGUAGUUAGUUUGCCUUGAAGAAUAAGCAUACAAUUUGUUUUAGUUUUUACUCAGUAACAUUUUAGGCUAAAAUAUAUUCUCUUUGUAUUAAAUAGGCACAAUCAAAAUGUUAUUUAAACCAAUGUAUGGUACAAAAACUUCAGUACCAGUUAUUUCUUACUUUAAAAAAUCAAUGAAAAUAAAGCUUAGUGUGUGCACUUUUUUGUAGCCGUUUUCUCCUUUUUGAAAUGCAUGCACAUCUGAAUUCUUAAUGUUUAAAUAGGUUUUUCGCUUUGUUUGAUCCAAAUAUUUGUCCUUUCUCAAAGUGAAAGGGACCUAGACAUAUCUUGUAAUGCACGUAACUUCUGCAACAGUCUCAACAUUUAGGGUUAAACAUACCCUUUACAGAGACACAAGUAUUUUAGUAAAUGGAAGUUGCAGACUAUAUCAAGUUUGUGAGAAUGUUUGUGCACUAAAUGAUGACUUACUCUUGAGAGAUUAGAUGGUAGCAUGUUAACAUAUGUGAAAAGUAAUCAUUACAAUUUGUCAGUGCCAAGUUUUAACAUUAACACUAAUUUUAAAGUUUAAUUUGGUCCAGCAAAAUGAAUAAAGUAAGCAAUUCCUUUGCUAAACAUCAACUAACUGAGUUUGGAAGUGUUGAAUUAAUUCUAUCCACAAAUGUAUGUUUAAAAUUUGUAGUGGAUAGUUUUACAACAAUGUGUUAUCAAAAAUGUUACUGAAAAUUGACAGUGUUUUCAAAGAGUAUUUUUUACCAUCAUACCCAUUUCUUUAUCUAUAUUUUGAAUUUUUUUCACUAAGGUCCUAUGCUUCCAAAGAAAUUAAUUCAAAAAAUUUCAGGAAAUUCUUUGAUAAAAUGCAGUGUAAAAAUAACAUUUACGAACUACAGAAUCAAACUGAAUGAAAUAUUGUACAUAUGAGCAGAUUUUUGUAGAAGUAAGAAACUCCUUUCAUAAUGGUUGUAAAACGUUGGCAAAAACUACACGAACUGUAAUUGCAUUAAACACUUAGAAUAUUUCAUGAAAAUGAAGCUGAAUAUAGUCCACUAAUGUAAGAAGUGUUGAGUUUCUACUGAGAAACCUCAACAGUCUACCCCUUCUUUCCAUACAAAUUAGUAAAUAGGUCUUUAUUUUAUGUUUUAAUCAUUUUAUUUUUAAAGAGACAUUAGGAAAAAGUCUUGAGAAAUUACAUUGUCACCUGUGUAUUAAGUACUGCUAACAAUUAGACAUUCAUUCUUAAUACCAUGCUUAAAAGAAAUUUCUUAUUGGCCUCUCAAUACUUAAAAAGAAAACAAGAAAAAUUUAUACUUGCAGUAGAUCAGAUAUCGAUAUGAAAUUAUAUACUAAUGUUUCAAGCAAGAAAUAUGUAACAACAUUUCUAACCACACCUAAAAAGUUCUCCUUUCACCAUGUAAUGGCAACCGGCAAUCAUGUUUUACUUAUUUAUUUUUAUUUUCAAUGAAAUAUUUCUUUCUACUUUAUUCAAUAAAAUAUUUACAAACAGUUGCAGGAGAAUAAUCAGUAUGAGAUAUUGAGGUGAUUGAAGUAAUUUAUUGAAGAUAAUAAACAUGUUAUAGCUUCACCUUGUUAUUCUUAUAAAAGUAAUAAUGUAGUUACUAGCUUAUUUUGAAAUAUCUGCUCUUUUAAUAAAUAAAAAAAUUGUAGUAGGCCAGCAUUAUAUUUACUUUAGUGAACCCAUCAUACAAGUUCAAAAUAAGUAGAGAAAUGUUGUUUCAAUUAAUCAUGGUUAAUGUAGUCUGGCAGAAUUUUACAUUUCAAAAACCACACAUUUAAUAAUACUAUAUUACCAUUACCAGGCACUGAAACAUAGAAUUGUCUACUAGGCAGAAUACUUUGUGAUAUAAAUAAUAUUAAUAAAUAACAUGUAACAAAUAGCCUCAAAAUCAACUCAAAUAACAUCAUGUUAUAUAUAAAAUAUUACAAGGGUAAUACUUAGAAAAGUUUAUGCUUGCUCUCCCCUCCCCCCAAAAACUUAGGGGCUAAAAUUAGGCCUGCAAUUGGAGGCUCAGGCAAAGCAAGAAAACAAACAAUUGAAAGCAGUAAUAGUCAAUUUGAUGCAAGGGGUGUCUGACUUCUGGUGAUGUUCAUUUACUUCAGUACAUGGUAUUACAAUAGGAAUUAUUUUAAAUUUCCAGGAAGCAUGGGAACCCUCUUGAUCAAAAUAUAGGUUGUAUGUUUAAAUCUUUUUAAUUUGAGACUGUGAUAAAACUCAUAAUUUGCUAAGAGAAAAUUGUAUAUACAAUUAUAAUCACUUUCCCAAGCCUGGGUGUUUUAGCCAACUUGUGUUUAUUUUUUAAAUGAUUUUUUUGGAAAAAGAGGGCCAUUCCCACUUUACCUAAGUGAAACCUUGUUAAGUAUAUUAUAUUAAGAAAUAAUGAUGCUGCUACAUGACUUUGGUGCAACAGCAUCAGUUAUUUUUCUUUUCAUGUUAUGUUUUUAAUUAGCAUAGGUGUCAUUGCAGUUCAUAAAAAUUCCAGUGUUAGUAAUGUGAAGAUCACUCGUGAACUUGUAAUGCCUGAUCAGAUAAAAUAAUUCAAUGUAAAUCUAAAAGUUGAAAAAUAAUUAAUGCUGCCUAUUUGUGUUCUCUUUCUGGAUGAUCUGUAUUUAUUGUUAAGGUAACCAGCUUAUAAACUAUUGUUAUAGUAACCAAUAAAAUAUUUUGAAGAGGUCA